AUGGGCUCCAUCCCUGCAGCAAAUGCAGAAUUUUCUUUUGAUCUAUUCAAAGAGCUGAAAGUCCAUCAUGCCAACGACAACAUCUUUUGUUCCCCCCUGACCAUCAUUUCAACCCUUGCCAUGGUCUACCUGGGAGCAAGAGGUAACACUCGAUCUCAGAUGGAGAAGGUUCUUCACUUUGAUAACAUUACAGAAGGUGGAGAUGUUACUGAUUCCCAGUGUGGCACUGCUGAGUACAUCCUCAAGUCCUUCAAGGAUCUUCUCGCAGACAUCACCAAGCCAAAUGCUACAUACUCACUCAAGAUCGCUGACAGAAUCUAUAUUGAAAAAACAUUCUCCAUUCUUCCGGAAUUCUUAAAGUGUGCAAAGAGAGUCUACAGAGCAGAUGUGGAAGAAGUCAACUUCAAAACAGCUGCAGAGGAAGCAAGACAGAUCGUUAACUCCUGGGUGGAGAAAGAGACAAAUGGACGGAUCCAGGAUUUCCUUGAACCAGGCUCUGUUGAUCUCGAGACUGCGCUGGUCCUUGUGAAUGCCAUUUACUUCAAAGGGAUAUGGAAGACAGCAUUUAAAGAAGAACACACUCGGGAAGUGCCCUUCAACGUGACAGAGCAAGAAAGCAGACCUGUGCAAAUGAUGUGCCAGAACAGCACCUUCAAAAUGGCAGUGGUGGCUGCAGAGAAACUGAAGAUCCUGGAGCUUCCAUACACCAGCGGGGAGCUGAGCAUGUUGGUGCUGCUGCCUGAUGACAUUUCUGGCCUGGAGCAGCUUGAGAACAAAAUCAGCUAUGAAAAUCUCAUGGAGUGGACCAGUCCCAAUGUGAUGCAAAAGAGGAGAGUGAAAGUGUACCUCCCACGCAUGAAGAUUGAGGAAAAAUAUAACCUUACAUCUGUCUUAGAGGCCUUGGGUAUGACAGACCUCUUCAGCCCUUCAGCCAAUCUGUCUGGCAUCUCUUCUGCAGAGGACCUGAAGGUAUCUGACGUCAUCCACGGGUCAUACAUGGAAAUCAAUGAAGAGGGCACUGAGAUGGCAGGCUCAGCAGCUGUGACGGGAGAAGACGAACGUUUGUCUGAGCCUGAAGAGUUUAGGGCUGACCACCCAUUCCUCUUCUUGAUCAAACACAACCCAACUGACAAUAUCCUCUUCAUGGGUAGGUUUUGUUCUCCCUAA